GUAAUGUUGUCGCACACGGUGUCAGUCAUCUGUGUCUGUUACUUACUCAUUUCAUUUAGUGAUUGCCAAGACAGAAAAUGAUGACCUCAAGUGAAAAGCCGAAGGUCAUUUCUGACGAUGAGGUUAUUAAACAAUUGUGUAGGGCAAACGGCUUUUCCUUUGAGAAGAUGUCAGACGAUCUCAGCGCGGUUGCUUCACUGGAAGUGUUCUUCUCGGGUUAUCCCCGCAUGGUCGGCCUCUCGCUCUUCCCAAAGCUUUUACAACUCACAAUAGUGAGCCAGAGCAUUAGCCACCUCCAGGGCCUGGAGGGUUGCCCGCUGCUCCAGGAGCUCUGGGUGGCUGAAUGCCAGCUGACGAAGAUCGAUGGACUGCAGAGCUGCUUUCAGCUGGAGAAGCUCUACCUAUACGACAAUCAAAUCAGUAAAAUAGAGAAUUUGGAGUUGCAGGUUAAUCUGCAAGUGCUAUGGCUGAACAACAAUGAUAUCUGUUGCAUUGAGGGUUUGAAUACUCUGCAAAAACUCAGAGAACUAAAUCUAGCUGACAACAAAAUUGAAAAAAUAGGGCACAGCCUUGAUCCCAAUAUCAACGUUGAAGAUCUGAAUCUAUCUGGGAACAAGAUUGCCUCAUUUAAGGAGCUAACCUUCCUGGCCCACCUGCCCGCUCUGAAAGCCCUGGGACUGCAGGACUCCCAGUCAGUGGCCAACCCGGUGUGUCUGCUCUGCAACUACUCCACCCAUGUCCUGUACCACAUGCCCGGCCUCCAGCGGCUGGACUCCUACAACGUAUCCAGUAGACAUAUGAAGGAGGCUGCUGAGACGACGGUGAUGAAGAAGAUGAUGUACUACAACAUGCGUGUGCACACGGCCCAGAAGAACCUUAGGGAGACGGGGCACCGGCUGACGGAGCAGAAGGAGGCCCUCUGGAAGCCCCCCGUGGAGCAGAUCAGAGCGUGCGUCCGCGCCAUCAAAGAUCUGGAGAGGUCUCUGUCUGAGGUCCAGGAACACGGAGCGAGGCCGCCCCUCCCCUGGGCGGUCCGAGCACAGUCGCCCCCCGCCGGGACCCAGGACCCAGGGGAGGAGGAGGACUCAGGGGAGGAGGCGGGGUCUUCUACGGACUCCAGCAGGGACUCCCCGGUGGAGCACCAGAUACAGAGCAAGAUGGGGGCGCUGGGCCAACGCGUGGAGCAGUGUGAACGGAGGCUGGAAGAAAUCGAAGCCUGGUACAAGCAGGAGUUAUCCGAGGCCACGCACAGGAAGGAAUGCACGGUCCACUUCCUGUUGAUGGAGCUCCAGACUGUGGGGAACAUUCGCUUUGAGGACGGCUGCCCCAGAGAUCCCUGGUUUGCAUCCUGCCAGGGCCUUAUCCAGUCCAGGUUCUCCGUGGGGGACCUCAAGGCCCACGGCGUCACCGGCCUCCGGAUCACCAGCAUGACCCGCGUGCACAACCGCGCUCUGAGGCUGCGCUUUGAGGAGAAACUCAGCUUGCGGUUGGCUGACGAGUCCCCGUUCUGCUCACCGGAGAACUACAAGCGCUGGCUGGAGUACCUGUUCUAUGUUCCUGACCCGGAGAGACCCAGCGAGGAGAAUGAAAUGCUGCAAAUCCUGGAGGAAGGUUUCCUAAGCGCAGAGGUGUACAACGCUCUCCUUCCGGUCUGUAUCCACCAGGCGCUGGGGAGAGAGUGCGCCGUGCCUCUGUCCAACAGCCUGAACGUGGCAGACGCACCCAGGUUGGAGCACGCCUUACGUCGGGACCCCCGUAGCUUCCCUCUGCCCUUCACUCAGGGUCACGUGAUCGUCUCCAAAGUGUUUCUUGGCCGCAGCGUCCACCUCCGAGAGGGCGUGCCCGUGGACCCCAAAGCCGACUCGGUGUACCGCAACAUGGGCACAGAGCUCGGGGUCAGGUCCCACCGAGGUGCAGACAAGUCACCUCAAAUCCAGUGGUUUGUGUUCGACCAUGAGCUGGUCUUGCCAGAGUACAUUGUUUACUUUGAAUAUGUCACAGAGGUGAGGGACAUCCUAAAUAAAAAGAGACUAAAAUCCUGGGAAUACCUGCUCCUAAACGUCUGACGUGUUCCUCUCCUCAGCAUGGAGCCGUUCCUGAAGCCACGCCCCCGGAUGACCGGUCUGGACGAGGGCACCCUGCUGCAGUCGACCAGGGUCAACACCCUCAGUCAGAUCACCGUGCUGAACCUGCACGGCAGCGGUCUGUCCAAGCUGAAGGAGCUCUCCGGCCUCCGCGCCCUGCGUCACCUGACCAUCAGCUUCAACGAGAUCACACGGCUGGACGACAUCUCCCACAUGCCCAACCUGGAGUUCCUGGACGCCAGCUACAACCACAUCGCCUCCCUGGAGGGCUGGAGGGGUCUGGGCGGGCUGAGGACGCUGGACGUGCGCUGGAACCGGCUGAGCAGGGCGAGGGACGAGGCCGCCGUGCUGAGGAAGCACGCCGCGGCUCUGCUGAGGCUGGACGCCCGCCACAACCCCUGGACCCGGCCCGACUCGGUGAGGGCCACCAUUGUUGGCCGCCUGGGGACCCUCACCCACCUGGACCAGGUCCCGGUCUCAGAGGAAGAGGUGGCUGCAGCUGCGCAGACCACCGCCAGCUCCAGGAUCACCCAGGCUUCUCUGCUGACCCACUCCGGUACGGCCUGUGAGUGUCCCCGCAGCCUGAGCCUGCUGUCCACCGCCCAGCUACUGGUGCAGCUCAGCCCGGCCCCCUGGCCCCCCCACGCCACCCCCGAACCAGGCUGGACCGCCAUGAUCACAGCCCUGUCCCUAGACGGGCUGGGCAUCUCCAGGCUGGCUAACCUGGAUAAGCUGGUCAACCUCCGGUGGGCCUCGUUCAACGACAACGACCUCAGCCAUCUGGAGGGCCUGGAGCACUGCCUGGCCCUGGAGGAACUCUCCCUGAACCACAACGCCAUCUCCAGCCUGGACGGUUUGUCUCCACUGCGUCGUCUGGUCAAACUGAGCCUGAACGGAAACCAGCUGCACUGUCUGGACGCCUUCGGCCUGGAGCGCCUGCCCAACCUGCACUUCCUGUCCGUGGAGGACAACCACAUCGCCUCCAUGCACGGGAUCCAGCGGGCUCGCUCGCUCCUAGAGCUGUACAUCGGCAAUAACCUCAUCGCCACCACCAGAGACAUCUUCCAUCUGAAGGCCCUGUCUCACCUCAUCAUCCUUGAGCUCCACGGGAACCCCCUAGUGGACAAGCUGGAGAACUACAGGAUGUACGUUGUCUUCCAGCUGCCGGCCCUCAAAGCCCUGGAUGGGGUCGGAGUGGAAGUGACCGAGUCUAAGAACGCCAAGGACGUGUUCAGCGGCCGCCUGUUGCCGGACAUGGUGGCGGAGAAGCUGGGUCACUCCAGGUACUCGGACGUGAGGGUCCUCAGGAUGCAGGCCUGCUCCAUCAGGAUGGUGGAUCUGACCCCAACUGACCUCUUCCUCAACCUGCGCAGCGUGAACCUGGACAACAACAACCUCACCUCGUUCUCCGGCCUAGUCUAUCUGCCCAACGUCACGGCUCUGUGUCUGAACCACAACCACAUCGAGUCCAUCCUGCCCCGACAGAAGAGCAAGGGCCACCUGACCAAGAGACAGCUGCUGCACCGCAAGGUGACCUCCAGUGGCUAUGGCCGGCCAGACCUGAACAAGGGAAGCAGGGAGGCGCUGGCGCCUGGAGGCCUGGAGCCGCUGAUGGCCAGCCUGGAGGUGCUGCAUCUCAGCCACAAUGGCAUCUCCAACAUGGCCAAUCUGCAGCUCAGCAGGCUCACCAAUCUCAAAGCACUCUUUCUUGAAGAGAAUGACAUUAGCCAGGUGGAAGGCCUGGAGGGACUGACCCGGCUGAGAGCCCUGGUCCUGGACCGCAACCGCAUCAAGGCCCUGGGGGAGAGCUCCCUGGUGGGUCAGAGCCUCCUGCUGGAGCUGUCCUUGGCGCAGAACCGCCUGCGCGAUCUCAGCCACCUGGAGCCGCUGGUGCAGCUCCGCCAGCUGUUCCUCGCCAUGAACAAGCUACAGGAUAUCUCAGAGUUGCACAAGCUGGAAGUCCUGCCGUCCUUGAUUGAGCUGUCUGUGAAUGGCAACCCGGUGGCCCGGCGGUCUCUCCACAGGCCAACGGUACUCCUGCGUCUCCCGGACCUGCAGGUCCUGGAUGGAGAGCCGGUGACCGUGGAAGAGAGGACCAGGGCGGAGCUCUCUGCAGUCCCAGCGUGUCCCGGAACGGUCCUUCCCCUCUCUGGGGAGAUGAGCGCAGCGGGGCUGCGGCCGCUGGUGCCGCGGGCCACGCCCCUCAUGGGGCUGCAGAACUUCCCCGGCCAUGACGGCCUGCUCCCGGGUAACCCAGAUGACGGCCAAACCCAGGACACAUCGUCCAGCCAUAAGAAGCAGAGGACCAUGGGAGCUCGCGGCAGCCAGGUGGAGACGUUGUCCCGGCCCGUUAGAAGGAACGGGAGCGGCCUCCCCAACCCGGGUCUGCCUCCAGAAGGGAACAGACUCCUGCUCAUCUGCCCCAGUCUGGAAGACUCCCCCAGCCCCCUAAAGUUCGAGCGCAUGGAGGGCGGAGGUUGA